AACAGGUGAAUAUUCACGACCUAAAUUUUGACAGGCACCCGCUAUCGGUUCGUAUUCUGACCAGCUAGCCUUUUUAUUUAAUUUUUUUUUAAAAAGGUCAUCAAGAUGUCCGGACGACAAAAAGCCCUCCUGCUGGUCUCUGGGAUGGGUGGCGCAGGCUAUGCAGCCUGGAAGACAUUAUUUCCGUGGAUUGGUGACGAUAUCAAGACAAUUAGAGUAUUUUUGGAAGUUCUGAAAAGGAUUGGCGAAAACUUUAGCAAAGGAAGGACAGUUCUGGAUAUGUUUGAAGAGAAUGUGGUCAAACUACCGAAAAAGACAUUCAUCAUUUUUGAGGAUAGACAAUAUUCGUACGAAUUUGUCGACACCAUGGCCAAUAAAGUGGCAAAUCUUGCUGCAUCAUGGAACCUUCCCCGGGAUUCUUCAGUCGCCAUGAUGAUAGAAAAUGAACCUGCAUUUGUAUGGACAUUUCUAGGUCUACAGAAGGCAGGACUUGUAGGAGCUUUUAUUAAUUACCACUUAAAGGCUCAUCCACUCAUACAUUCCAUCAAGGUCAGCGACGCACCCGUGCUCAUCAUUGGCUCAGGAGAUGGCCAUCUAGAGUCGAUUCAAGAGAUACUGAACGAUUUACCCGACAUUAAAAUAUAUGUUCAGGGAAAGCGACAAACUGACCUCCCGUCAAAGUUCGUUGCCAUGGACGACGUACUUCUUCGUACCCUUCCUGUGGCUCUUUCUAAGGUACACCGAGAGGGGACCACCUUACGCAGUCCCGUCUGCUACAUUUAUACCUCUGGUACAACAGGACUACCUAAGCCAGCAAUAAUCAACAAUUCGAAAGCCAUGUCUUCCUCGGUGUAUUGGCAAGCGUUGCGCGCGGUUACAAUGAAAACGAUAUAGGUUAUGCUGUUACACCUCUAUACCACAGUGCUAGCACCACGUUGUG